AUGACCAAGUGCCUUACUGUCGACGUCGGUCCCUCCGAAGUUCAGGGCGAGACCCGUAUCCGCCGCUCCGUCCUUUCCGCAAAGCGCCUCAUGUCCUCGCCUCACGACGAUAUCAAGACCCUCUACGAUGUUGUCAACCACUCUGUCAAGAUCCGCCCCAACCUCAACGCCAUCGGCUACCGCAAGGUCGUCAAGAUUAUCGAUGAGGAGAAGGAAAUCACAAAGAUGGUCGGCGGCGAGGAAGUCAAGGAAAAGAAGACCUGGAAGUUCUUCAAGAUGUCCGGCUACCACUGGUUGACCUACAAGGAUGCCAAGCAGGUCAUCGACAGCAUCGGAUGCGGCCUCCGCAAGUUCGGCGUCAACCCUAAGGAUAAGAUGACCGUCUUUGGCGCCACCAGUGCUAACUGGCUCUUGGUUGCCCACGGUGCCUUCACCCAGUCCAUCACCAUCGUUACCGCCUACGAUACCUUGGGCGAGGAUGGUCUUUUGCACUCCAUGAACGAGGCCGAGGUCGCCACCGCCUACACCAACGCCGACUUGCUCAACACCAUCAAGAACGUCGCUGGCAAGUGCCCCACCUUGAAGAAGAUCAUCUACGACGGCGAGGCCAAGCCCGCCGACGUCAUCGCCCUUCAGGAUGCCCACCCCCACCUCGAGCUCAUCACCCUCGAGGAGUUGAAGCAGCUUGGUGUCGACAACCCCGUCGAGCCUACUCCCCCAGCUGCCAAGGACUACUGCUGUAUCAUGUACACCUCCGGAUCCACCGGCAACCCUAAGGGAGUUUUGCUUACCCAUGGCAACUUGGUCGCUGCCAUCGGUGGUGUUAACAAGAUGUUGACAAAGUACGUUCACGAGGGAGAUACCUUGCUCGCCUACUUGCCAUUGGCUCACGUCUUAGAGUUCUUGGUCGAGAACGUUUGCUUGUUCUGGGGUGUCACCCUCGGAUACGGUACCGUCCGCACCUUGACCGAUGCCUCUGUCCGCGAGUGCCAGGGAGAUAUCAAGGAGUUGCGCCCCACCCUCAUGACCGGUGUUCCUGCCGUUUGGGAGACCAUCCGCAAGGGAGUCUUGGCCCAGGUCAGCCAGGGUUCGCCUUUGGUCCAGAAGGUCUUCCACGCCGCCUUGAAUGCCAAGGCCUGGUGCAUGGAGCGCAAGUUGGGCGCUUUGACUGGAAUCUUUGACACUGUUGUCUUCAACAAGGUCAAGCAGCAGACUGGAGGACGUCUUCGUUUCGCCUUGUCUGGAGGAGCCCCCAUCUCCCAGGAGACCCAGCGCUUCUUGUCGACUGCCUUGUGCCCCAUUCUCCAAGGUUACGGUAUGACCGAGUCCUGCGGUAUGUGCGCCAUCUUGACUCCUGAUGUUUUCAACUACAACCGUGUCGGCUCGCCCGUUCCCUGCACAGAGGUCAAAUUGGUCGAUGUCCCUGAUGCAGGUUACUUCUCGACCGACUUGCCCCGCCCCCGUGGUGAGGUCUUCAUCCGUGGACCCUCCAUUACCGCUGGAUACUUCAAGAACCCCGAGGAGACCUCGGCCACCUUGACUGCCGACCGCUGGCUCAAGACCGGUGAUAUCGGUGAGUGGCACCCUGACGGUACCAUCUCGAUCAUUGAUCGCAAGAAGAACUUGGUCAAGUUGUCCCACGGAGAGUACAUUGCUUUGGAGAAGUUGGAGUCUGUCUACAAGUCGACCGCCUACUGCAACAACAUCUGCGUCUACGCCGACUCUAUGCAGAACAAGCCCGUUGCUAUCAUUGUCGCCUCGGAGCCCCGCAUCUUGGAGUUGGCCAAGGCCAAGGGCAUUGCCUCGAAGGAUUUCGCCGUCCUCUGCCAUGACAAGGUCAUCAUCAAGGCUGUUCUCGAUGCCUGUUUAAGCACCGCCAAGCGCGCCGGAUUGAAGCCCGCUGAGAUGUUGCAGGGAGUCUACCUCGAGCAUGAGGAGUGGACCGCCCAGGGCGGUUUGUUGACCGCUGCCCAGAAGUUGAAGCGCAAGGAUAUUAACCAGGCCUACGUUUCCCAGAUCAAGACCCUCUAUGCCUAA